AUGUCCGAAAACAGCUCUGCGCCCAGCAAGGCUGAAAGGCCUCUGGCCAAAUCCAACUCGACAGCUUCGGCUGCACAAUCCUAUGUCUCGGUGCCCGUCACCGGAGUCCAUCCGUAUGGAAGUUUACAGAUCCAUCAACAGCCCGGAUUCGGGCAGGGGACGACCGAACCGGGCAGUACGGAUGACAUGCCCUCCCUAUCGUCUCAGGACCUGCUCGGCGAGGGCGACGUGUUCCUCAUCCUCGACCUGCCCAAGGCCUUCACCAUAGGUUGCGACACGGCGGCGCUCACCAUCGAGACUGCACGUCCCGUGCUGGGCUUCCGCGGCCUCCCGCCUGGGGCACACCUGGUCUGGGUGUCGGAUCCGCAGCAGAUGUCGCGAUGUGGCUACUGGUUCGUCACGGCCAAGGAGGGGGGUGCCGGUAUGGUGAGGGUCAAGCAGUGGGAUCGAUAUAACGAGGUACUGGGCGAACCGGCCAGUCAGUUCGAGGCCAGGAGCCACAGGGACAAUAUUGCAAGUUUCUAUCAGAGCCUGCUCCCUUACAACAUUCGGCAAGACGGUACUCGUCGUCCGGCUUCGUCAUUCCCGCCCAACAACCACACAAGGAGCACGUCUGACUUGGACCCGGACCUGGGCAUCGAGAAAGCCGCCAUAUGGCACCAUCUCACCUCCUCCAUCACCGAGCACCUGCUUCGGCGCGUCACGGGCUGCCCGCUGCCGGACACGCGCGAGUGGCUGGUCGACACGGCCGACACCAUCAAGGGGGAGGUCAACUUUGCCCAGGCCAGCAAGCUCUUCAAGGCCGUCGUCGGCAGCGAGCUGACGUUCCUGUUCCCUCGCGACGAUUCCGGGCUCGAUCUGAACCACCGGCUCACCGCGGCCGACAAGGCCACAUCGUACCCCGACACGACAGAACUCAUCACUUCGGUCGUCGACCGCAGGGACGGCAUAUCCGAGCCCGACGUCGUCGGCGAGCUGCAGUUCGCCUUCCUCACCGCCGUCCACCUCGGCAACCCAUCGUGCCUCGACUACUGGCUGCACUUUGUCCUGCGCGUGCUGCUGCGCGCGCACCGCCUCGUCAUCGACAGGCCGGCCCUCGUAAGGUCGCUGACCACGGCGCUGCACGCGCAACUCGUCUACAGCGACCGCUACGUCAUCACCUCCUCAUCCUCAUCCGCCGACGACGACGACGAUAAAUCAUCCCACGGCAUCCUGGACAGCCUCCCGCAGACCAACAGGAGCCGGCUGCGCGAGGCCCUGGUGCUCUACAAGAGGAAACUGAACGAGUCGCUGCUGGGCCUCGGCGACGCCAUCGCCCAGCCGCAGGCCGCCGUCGGCCACGCCUUUGCAGACCUCGAGGCCUGGUUUUGGAAGUACGGCUGGGACCUCAGGAGCGACUACGUACCGCCUUCACAGGGGGUUGAACGGUCGGAGGAUGAUGAUGGCGACCCGAUGCAGUCACAACAACAACAACAACAACAACAGCAGCAGCAGCAGCACCAGAAGAGGCGACCUGGUCUCGAGGCCGGUGAUGAUGGAGACAGCGAUGAUGAUGAGUAUCUUCCUGUGGUCGUCGAGCUUGAUGGCGAUGGGCGAGAGGUUGGACUUGUCUCUUGGAAUUCGUAG